AUGUCAGCACAUGCUAAAAUGUCUCCCCCUGUGUCACCGAGCCCUGUGUCGAGUCCACUGUCGCCAUUUUUGAGGUCGAGCAGUAAUGGCUCCACAACUUCAGGGUCACAUAAACGAGAUGCUCACCUCACUGCUACGGCUAAAAGGCAUAAAUACUUUAGACGUCUGUUCAAGUUCCGCCAGAUGGAUUUUGAGUAUGCAUUUUGGCAGAUGAUAUACCUGUUUAUUUCACCUCAAAAAGUGUAUAGAAACUUUCAGUACAGAAAACAAACAAAAGACCAAUGGGCAAGAGAUGAUCCAGCUUUCCUUGUUCUUCUCACAUUUUGGCUUUGUGCCUCAUCUGUUGGGUUCACCUUGGUGCUGAGCUUAGGUUUUUUGGGGUUUGUCAAGUUUCUCAUGUGGGUGAUAUUUGUGGACUGCAUCGGUGUGGGGCUUCUUAUUGCAACAACUUUUUGGUUCAUAACCAAUCAUUACAUGUUGAUCAGCCCACCAAGAGGACAAGAUGUUGAAUGGGGUUAUGCUUUUGAUGUUCAUCUCAAUGCUUUCUUCCCCUUGUUGAUGAUCCUGCACUUUUUCCAGUUGCCUUUUAUAAACUAUGUCAUCAACAAGGAUCUGUUCGUUUCACUUAUGUUCGGCAACACGUUCUGGCUAGUGGCCAUUGGCUAUUACAUAUACAUUACCUUCCUGGGAUACAGUGCACUCCCCUAUUUAAAGAAUACUAGAGAGCACUGCUGUUUCCCAUCACUGGAGUCAUCAUCGUCUACAUCCUCUCCCUGA